AUGUUGUCUAUUAUUUCCAAAGUUUGUUUUUACUUUGAAAAGUGGCAAAAGAUCAAAGUCCAAACAAAAGAGUGUCAUCAGAUCAAUUACAAAAUAAAGGAUGGCAAAUUAUCAAAGUCCAAAGAAACUGUGGCAAAAAAUCAAAUCCCCCGAAAAGAAAAGGGAAAGCGGCAGCGAGAGAAAAGAGCAAAAGCAACCAGACCGCCCGCGCCCCCGCAACCGCCUCCUCUCGUGCCGCCGCCGCCGCCUCGGCCGGCCCGUGCUCUACCGGCGCCCGUCGGCCUCGAUCCGGCCUCGGCACCUCGAGACUCGGCAGGAGGAGCUCGCCCUCGAGUAGGACGACAGGAGGAGGGGAGCAGCAGCCGCGCCCCGUGCUCCGCCGGUGCCCGUCGGCGUCGACCCGUCCUUGGCAGGAGGAGCUCGAGCCGAGGACCGCGACCUCGAUCCGGACUCGGCAGGAGGAGGGAAGCAGUAGCCGCGCCAGCUGGCGGGCUGGCGCGCCUCCUCCUCCGCGACGCCGCUGAAGAUGACGAGGCCGUCGCCGCGUACGCCCUCAAGUGGCUCGGCUUCGCGCUAUAUCACCCCGUACUCAUCUCCACCAUCUCAGGACGGUUGGCUCAAUCGAUAUUGGCUACUUUGGUUCGGCUGAUCAUGACCACCAAGAUGAAGGCUAUUUGUAAUCUUGCAGUCUGGUGCAUUUCUGUUCAACAAUUGGAGGCUUCGGUGGUAGAGGAUGGAUUAACUCCCUUGCUCAAUGCUAUUGUUUAUGCCCUUGACAAUCCAUUUGGUUCUUUGUCUACAGCAUUUGAGGCUAUUCAGGGAGGAAAAACAAAUUGUUCAUAGAUGAUGUCAUUAGAUUUUUCCAUGCCUCUAUGAAUAGUGCAUCGAGCGGGCAGAGAGCAAGCGGGCAGCUGCGAAGAGGCAGAGAGCGAGCGGGCAGCUG